CUCGCUGUCAUGGGCAGUGCUUACCACUGGGAGGCCCGUCGGCGGCAGAUGGCUUUGGAUCGGAAGAGGUGGCUGAUGGCCCAGCAGCAGCAAGAGCAGGAACUGAAGAAACGCCAAGAACAGGAACGGCAAUGUGAGGAGAAAACCCAGCCACCUCAGGAGUCCCGGCAGAAGUCGCAGCCACCCCUGGCGCAAUCACAGUUACCACCUAUGCCACAGCCGCCACAGGUGUCCCAGCAGCCACCACAGCCGCCUCAGGCAAAGCAGCCAAACGCCCAAGAAUGUCUUACUCAGUGCACCCCCCAGUACAUCCUUCAGGAUUCCCAGAGGCCAGGUCCCCACAAGGACACAUACCAAGGAGAGGUGACCAACCCUCAUGGUCCUGGUGGCAAGAAAUCUAGCCCAGAUAUGCAAACCAAGUACUCACGACUCACGUCAACAAAUUACAUCCAGCAAUGGUGAUUCAGAAAUAGACCCAAGAUUCCACUGGCCAUCGGCAAAAAUCAGAUAAGUGACCCGACCUUCUUACCACCCAGCAACACCUCCACUUCAAAAGCCAGUCCCUCCUGAUCCACUCUGGCAGAGGAGCUGAGCCAGGAAUAAAAUGAUUUCUUCCUGGAAAGAAUCGAAGAGACUGGUCAGGCUCUGUGAGACUGGGAUGAGGAGGAGGGGCAGGAAGAGGAUGGAGGGAGUGUGGGAAGAAAGUGGAAGAGCACAAGCUCCAGCCUGGACUUCAUGGACUUUCAUGCUGUUGCCAGCACCACUUUGACCCGUUACUCAGGCAUGAAAGCGUGCAGACGGCAUGAACUCCUUCCUUCCUCUUGUCCCCUGGUCAGCUAGUCAUCAGGUUCUGUCCCCAAUUCCCUUUCUCCAUCCUUCCUACUUCAAGUUCAACUUUCCCCACCAUCCAAGCUCAUCCCUCUGCUUGUCUGAGUGAUAGAAACCAUAGUAAAGGCGACUGUGGCACCAUCUGACCUGUCUGUGUCCACUCACAUGGGCUCAGGGUUGUGACCUCGUUCAAUAAAUA